CGCUGCGUCCAUGUCCCGCGAGGAAGAGAGAAAGACGUGACCGGGAAGCAAGUCCACGUUGGGGGGUGACGCAUGCGCACAACCAACAGCUCCCGGUUCGGCUUCUUUCUUGGCCAGAGGCGCCGAUCGCACCUAAGGGCAGGGCAUGAUGGUGGUGGCUACGGGCACCUCGCUGGCGCUCUCUUCCCUCCUGUCCCUGCUGCUCUUUGCUGGGAUGCAGAUGUACAGCCGCCAACUGGCCUCCACCGAGUGGCUCACCAUCCAGGGGGGGCUGCUAGGCUCCGGCCUUUUCGUCUUCUCUCUCACUGCCUUCAAUAAUCUGGAGAAUCUUGUCUUUGGGAAAGGAUUCCAAGCAAAGAUCUUCCCUGAAAUUCUCCUCUGCCUCCUGUUGGCUCUCUUUGCAUCAGGCCUCAUCCACCGAGUCUGUGUCACUACCUGCUUCAUCUUCUCCAUGGUCGGCCUGUACUACAUCAACAAAAUCUCCUCCACUCUGUACCAGGUGACAGCUCCAGUCCUCACACCAGCCAAGGUCACGGGCAAGGGCAAGAAGAGAAAUUGACCCUGUGUGUCCAAUAAAGUUGAUUCUUUGUA